UUCGCUUAGGGAUCAUGUGUGGGAUUGAGAGGCUGGAUGCCACGUCGUCAAGGUGAUUGGUGCUGGGAUUCAGAUACUUCCUGGAAGAGUAAAGCAGAUCAACACCUCGGUCAGGGUGUUGUGAGGUAUUUUGAAAUGAUGCUGGGAUUUUGGCUGUGCUUGCUCUCAGCUCUGCUCUUUUGUGUUCAUGGUGCAAAACUUCCUGAGCCGGAGGUGAAAAUUGAAGUCUUGUACAAACCUUUUCUGUGUCAUCGAAAAACCAAGUAUGGGGACAUGCUUCUGGUGCAUUACGAUGGCUUUCUGGAGAGUAAUGGCACAAUGUUUCAUUCCAGCCAUCAAGAGGGUGAUAAACACCCAGUAUGGUUUACCCUGGGGAUCCGGGAGGUGAUCAAAGGAUGGGACAGGGGACUUCAGAACAUGUGCACAGGCGAGAAAAGAAAGCUGACCAUCCCACCAUCUCUUGCAUACGGCAAGGAGGGCAAAGGAAAGAUCCCACCAGAGAGCACCCUGAUCUUUGACAUAGAGCUCAUAGAGAUCAGGAAUGGCCCCAGGUCGCAUGAGUCCUUCCAAGAGAUGGACCUUAAUGAUGACUGGAAGCUCUCCAAAUCUGAGGUGAAAGAGUAUCUGCGUAAAGAGUUUGAGAGACAUGGAUACCCUCCCAAUGACACUCAUCAUGAAGCCAUGGUGGAAGACAUCUUUAAGCAGGAGGAUGACGACAAGGACGGCUAUAUAUCUGCACGAGAAUUCACAUACCAACACGAUGAAUUAUAGAAACCAGUUACUCUCUUAGCAAUGUUCAACGUGAAAGGGAAACGUUGAAUGCAGCCUGUUCGUAUUGGUUUUCGAUUUAUAUAUGACAAACUUCAGUAUCUGAAAAUGAAGACGGCUGUUACGGUUUAUGUAAACAAGGAUCUGGGAGCAGUCGUUUGCUCAUGCUUGCUGUGAAUCUAUUCUUGAAAAUGACACAAACUUGCCCUUUGCCCCUUUUUGAUGUGUUUAAAAGAUCACUCUCAUUUGCCAAAUUCUUCAAUGACCAUUUGUACACAACAAGAGCUGUGAAAAGUGUGAGCCUUUUUUAUCUUUACUGUCAGAAAUAGGUGUACAGUAGGAGUCUAUUUCUGUCCUCCAAGGUACAGUCUACACUAAUGUACCCCCUAGGGCUCAUUAUUGGACCUCAAGGUGACUAUGUAGACCUUUUUAGUGUGUUGCCAAUCAGUGUAUAAAGGGUACAAAUAAAUACCUUAGAGGGUACUGCCCCAGUGACAAGCUAUUGUACCCCUAAAGGUACAAUAAUGUACUUUAUUUUCUGAGAGUGUUGAGUGCCUGUUAACUGAUAUAAUAUGGUUCACUUAUAGGAUAUUUUCAGUAUACAGUAGUGUGCAAAAGUCUUAGGCACGUGUAAAGAAAUGCUGUAAACCAAAAAUGGCUUAAAUAAUUAAAUGGAAUGUUUCAACAUUCAAAAAAUACUAUAAACAGCAGUAAGCCAUCAUAAAUGAAACAAAAUCAAUGUUUGGGGUGAGACAGUUUACAAUUAUUUCGCAUAAGUCUUUUAACACAACUCUUAGUUCUUUAGCACAAGAUCCAAGAACACUUAACCUUUAUUAUGAAUACUUACUGAUCAUGUUUAAAGAUGUUUGAUGGAUUUUUUUUUUUUAAAUGAAAGUUGCAGAGAUUUCGAUCGAAAACGAGCGAUUGUAUUUCCCUACUCCGCCAUCUUGAAACCGCCAUGUUUGAUGUAGCCCAUAUGUUAGUCACCAAUCCCCCCUCCAAAUUAUUUAACGCAGAAUGUACCCUGACACAGGCGGCACUGUGGUGUAGUGGUUAGCACUGUUGCCUCACAGCAAGAAGGUUCUGGGUUUGAGCCCAGUGGCCGGCGAGGGCCUUUGUGUGUGCAUGGGAUUUAAUCUAAGGUUAAUUGUUGGCUCUAAAUUGAUCGUGUGAAUGGUUGUUUGUCUCUGUGUCAGCCCUGCGAUGACCUGGUGACUUGCCCAGGGUGUACCCUGCCUCUUGCCCAUGGUCAGCUGGGAUAGGCUCCAGCUUGCCUGUGACCCUGCACAGGAUAAGCAGUUACGGAUGAUGGAUGGAUGAAUGGUACCCUGACACAGUACACCACUAUAGCCAACUUCUGUUGUCAAGUAGGGCAAGAGACAUAACCCUCCGGUUAAUUAAUUCGGCAAACGUAAUUAUUGACAGUCAGUUGAAUUUGUGAUAUGAUCAGAAGUGACUGAAGUUAUCUGUGAAGAUGCCCACAAUUCAAGGCCUUUCAAGGCAAUUAUGGCUUAACUACAAAUAUCCAAAGAAUUGGAUUUUCAGUCCACAUUUCAGGGAUCAACAACUGAUCCUUAACAUGCACAGCGGCGGCAGCAGCAGAAAUUCCGACUUCCAGUCCCUAAGCAAUCGUAAUAAACCCUUUCUUGUAUCAAGAUGAGUAUUUUUUUCGAUUAUUGUGACCAUAAUCCAGAGUUAGGCUAAAUGACUUUAGAACUCCUGCUAAAAGACUUUUGUGUUAAGUAACCAGAUACCAUGCGAGACGAUCCUUUGCUUAAAAAAAAAAAUAGUCUCGGGUACAAUGAGGGGCGUCACGGUAGUGUAGUGGUUAGUGCUGUCGCCUCACAGCAAGAAGGUCUGGGUUCGAGCCCCGUGGCCGGCGAGGCCCUUUCUGUGCGGAGUUUGCAUGUUCUCCCCGUGUCCGCGUGGGUUUCCUCCGGGUGCUCCGGUUUCCCCCACAGUCCAAAGACAUGCAGGUUAGGUUAACUGGUGACUAAAUUGACCGUAGGUGUGAGUGUGAAUGGUUGUCUGUGUCUAUGUGUCAGCCCUGUGAUGACCUGGCGACUUGUCCAGGGUGUACCCCGCCUUUCGCCCGUAGUCAGCUGGGAUAGGCUCCAGCUUGCCUGCAACCCUGUAGAACAGGAUAAAGCGGCUAGAGAUGAUGAGAUGAGAGGUACAAUGAGUGCAGUUUGAUAAGGAAAUGAGCUGUAGGUUUUACUGAGCAUCUUACAGAACCAGCCACAGUUCUUCUGGACACUUUGACUGUCACACUCACUUCUUCAUUUUGCAGCAAAACCCAGCAGCCUUCAUUAUGUUUUCUUUUUUAAUCUGAAAAGUGCGCUCUUAUGUAAUAUGCUGCUCAGAUACAAAAACUUUUUUAUGUGACAUUUAAUUUUGUGCUGGAAAACGAACGUUUGGACUUAAUGUUUUUGUACCGACUCAAUGUAGAAGUCAUAAAAUAGAAAUCUAUAAAGUUUGUAUGGAAAUAAAUAGUGUGCCUGAGACUUUUGAACAGUACUGUAUGUUUACAUUUUGUUGCAUUUUCAACAUGUUACUUCGGAAUGGAUCUAAUUUGUAUACAAGUUGUUGUUUUUUCCCCCUUCAAUGCCUCAGCAUGUACAAGUUCAUGUUGUACUGCUUACAGUGCCUUGUGAAAGUAUUCAUUCCCCUUUGUGUUUUCCUGUUUUGUUGCAUUACCAGGAAUUAAAAUGGAUUUUUAUUUGGAUUUUAUGUAAUGGACCUAACAAAAUAGUCAACAC